GCUUAAACGAGAUAGUUAUAUUGGGGGGUACUGGAAGAGAGGAACAACCUGCAGAUCAUUGUGAUCCUCAGUUUACGAAUGGAAGGAGUUCAUCUCUCAACCCACUCCUUGAGGAACAUUCGCAUUUAUCUGAAGAAAGAAGGAAAUUGCCCUUGUUAAGGUCGAGCUUUAAGUCUAUGAUGUCUUAUCCGUUAAAGUUUGGGGAGUUUUUGAAGAGAACUGGAAGCACCAAGAGCAUGCAAAUGGUUCUGGAAGGGCCCCGUUGUCCCGCAGAUGAAGAACAUGUCGAGUGCUUCCGGGAAUUGCUUUCAUCAGAUAAUCAAUUUCCAAGGAAACAUGAUGACUAUCAUACGCUUCUAAGAUUUCUGCGGGUGAAGAAUUUUGAUAAGCUAAAGGCAAAAGAUUUAUAUCUAAAAAUGCUCAAGUGGCGUGAUGAUUUUGGGGUUGAUGCAAUUGCUAAGGAAUUUAAGUUUGAGGAGUAUGAAGAAGUUAAGAAAUGCUAUCCUCAUGGAUUUCAUGGGGUCGAUAGAUAUGGUAGACCAUUAUACAUUGAAAGGCUAGGGAUGAUAGAUCUCAACGUGCUGCUAAAAGUGACUACAAUUGACCGAAUCCUGAAGCACCACAUUGCUGAGCAGGAGAAAACAUUAAAUUUGAGAUAUCCCACAUGUUCAAUUGCAGCAAAGAAGCAUAUAUCAUCCAUAACAAGUAUCCUAGAUGUGAAGGGCGUGGGUAUGAACAGCUUCACAAAGCCAGCUAGGGAUAUUUUUAUGGAGAUUCAAAAGAUUGACAGCAAUUAUUACCCUGAAACUCUGCAUCAACUUUUUAUUGUCAAUGCUGGAUCUGGGUUUAGGGCACUGUGGAAAGCACUCAAGGCUUUCAUGGAUGCACAUACAGUAGCAAAGAUUCAAGUAUUAGGAAGCAACUAUCAAAGUAGCCUUCUUGAAGUUGUUGACCCAAGUAAUUUGCCAACUUUUCUGGGUGGAAAUUGCACAUGUUUAGAAUAUGGAGGUUGCAUGUCAAGUGAUAAAGGACCAUGGAACAAUACUGAAAUUACUGAAGCAUUGCAGGUGGACAGCUGGGCAGUUUGUGAUACAGAACUAAAGAAUGAAAAUAAAACAAAUACAAGUAUGGCUCUGGAAGAAACUCCACUGCCUGCUACAGGUGAUGUUGAAAUCAGUGCUACCCACAAGACGGACACACAGAAAGAAGGUUCAGAGCAACACACUGAGAGAGGAUACUUGGACAAUAUUUUCCAGAAAAUUCUGGCAAUUGAUGUUGCAGUGAAGGACGUCAAAAUGGUCUUGGUUGGACUUACAGAGAAACAGGAAGAACUUGCAAAACAAGUAGAAGAACUGAUGAAUUUGGUCAGAUCAAUGACUCUCUGAAGCUAUUAGUUUAGUGGUGCGUCUAAAAACCUUGUCAUCUAAUAUUUGGUCGUUUAUCAAUAAUUUCAUUCAGAAAAGGUCUGUAGAGAUAAAAAAAGAAAAAAAUUUAUAGAAGAUCAAGUGAAAUCUGAAGAUUACACCAAUCCUGAAAGCGAAAACUCUGCAAACACAGCAUCCAGCCGAACAUUGGGAAUAUCUCCCUACAUGUAUGUUAAAUUCCCAAUGUGAGGCUGGAUGCCUGUGUUUCCAGAGUGUGUAGAACUUUUGCUUUCAGGAGAUCCCAUCACGAAGAACCUGGGGCUGUUUUCGUCACCAAGAAUUCAGAAUGUGCUUUCAGAGUGUUCCUUUUAGGUGCACGUUAGCGGUAUUUGUUUCAUUAGUAACCCCCUUGCUGAAUCUCAGUUCUACUAAUGCUUACCCUUCUGUUCAAGCUUUUCUUCUUCUAUGAUAUGAACAGUACCUUACAUA